AUGGGAUGUACCAUAAAAUGCGAUAACAUUUGUUGUGGCAAAAGUCACGCCCAUCCAGAUGUAGUCAAACAACUAAACUGCAAGUUUAGACUACUGCGCUUAUCUGGUUCACCAUCGUUAUUAAACAAACAUCUAACACCGGAACGAUUCCAAGUCUUGAAAUGGAAAAAAACGAACUACGGAAUGACCCUACUGGAUUGCGCCCAAACAGCCUUUGAAAAUCCAGAUUCAUCUGUUGGACUUUACGCUGCUUGUCCGGAGAGUUACGACGUGUUCGGAGAUCUCUUCGACGAAGUGAUUAUGGAGUAUCACGGAGACUUCAAAAAAUCGUUCAUACAUCCUCCGAUGGAUUGGGGCGAUGCCAGCGAGUUGCAAAACAUAGAUCCAGAUGGAAAGUACGUUAUUUCGACUAGGGUUAGAACUGCCAGAUCCUUGAAAGGCUAUCCUUUCAAUCCUGGUCUUACCGAAGAUCAAUACUUGGAAAUUGAAGAUAAGGUUGUUGAUGCUUUAACACGAUUAGAAGGAGAUCUUAAAGGCCAGUACGUGGGACUCAUCAAUAUGACUCCAGACGAGAUAGAAAAGAUGAUUAACGACCACAUUCUCUACAAGGAAGGCGACAGAUUUUUAAAUGCAGCCAGAGCGUACAGGUUCUGGCCGGAAGGCAGAGGAUAUUUUUACAAUCCAGACAAGACGUUCAUAGUGUGGGUGAACGAGGAGGACCAUAUGCGUAUCAUAUCUCUACAAGAAGGAGGUAAUUUAGCUGAGGUUUACCAAAGACUAGCGGACGCUGUUACGGACCUCAGUUACUGCUUGGAAUUCGAAAAACACGAACGGUUCGGGUACUUGAGUAUGUGUCCAACUAAUAUCGGGACUGGAAUCAGAGCGUCGGUACAUAUUAAACUGCCCAAUAUAUCGGAAGAUAUGGAGAAAUUAAAAGAGGUAGCCAAAGUGCUUAAUUUGCAAAUCAGAGGCACCGGUGGUGAGCAUACCGAAUCUCAAGGUGGAGUACUUGAUAUUUCCAACAAGAGGCGAUUAGGCAUCACUGAAAUAGAAGUUAUAAGAGAAAUGAAUAACGGGAUACAACAACUUAUUGCGAUGGAAAAAUCAGGAGGAAUCACAAUGUAA